UGUUUCACACAGACAUUUUUAAGAUGCCACCGGUGGGGGUGUUGACGUUUUUCCUUUUAUUUGUCACUGCUUCGCAAGCCCAGGAGAAAUCUGUGGAAAUUCAGCCACGAUGUGGGGCCAGCUUCACCGAAGCCUACAAACCUAUACAGAUCCAGGUGAACGAAGACUCUGACUGCACGUGGGACUUUGUGAGACCAAACAAUGAAACCACAAGAAUUGUCUUCUCUGUGCUAAAUCUGAACCCAGUCGCAGACUGCUCCCAAGAGAACAUAACGGUGUUUGAUGAAAAUCUUGACGUACUGGGAGUACUCUGCCCAGACUCUCCUAGAAUUGCAGUGUUUGAGACAACUGGCAGUGCAUCUGUCCGCGUGUCCACCAACUCUGAGAGCUUCCAACGGAAUGCCUAUGUCCUGUAUUACUCAUUUCCUAUUGGUAGUGAACCUGCAAAUUGUGGGGGGGAUCUCCGAGGUUUUUCCGGAACGAUCGCCAGUCCAAAUUAUCCUGGGCGGCACCCACACUUUGCAUAUUGCAUCUGGCACCUGGAAGUACCAAAGAACACCAAGAUCGAUCUAACAUUCACGGAAAUCUUUUUGGAAAUAGACCCCGCAUGCCGUUUUGAUUUCAUUGCUUUGUACGAUGGCCCCUCUACGAGUUCACCGCUAUUGGAUGUACUGUGCGGCCGUACAGUGGCAGAAGUAGAGACGACGUCCAACAGCCUGACCUUGUUGUUGAGCACUGACUAUGCCAACUCGUAUUAUGGAUUCUCUGCGAAUUAUGUAGCAUUACCAAAAUCCAACACAAGUGCUUUGUCUUGCUCUGGAGAGGAAAUGACAGUGAUUAUUGAUCCCUCUUACAUCACCUCAUUGGGAUAUGAUGUAAAUGAUUUAGCGCUGUCCAAUGCAUCGUGUGUGGCUGCUUCUUCCAACCCUGUUGUAUUUAAUGUGCCAUUCUCAGCUUGUGGAACAGUCAAAAAGGUGGAUGACCACAUUGUUUCCUACACCAACAUCAUUACUGCUUCCCCUGGCGGAGGAGUGAUCACAAGGCGUAAGCAGUUACAAAUCAUUGUGACAUGUGAAUUAGACAACGAGUCUGCAGCGGAGAUCAUGUAUGUGACAGAAAACGAUAUCAUUCAGGAUCAGCAGGAAACGGGCAAAUACGACGUCAGUCUGUCCUUCUACGAGUCCCAAGAUUUCAACUCGCCGGUGCUGGAUUCGCCUUACUUUGUUGAGCUCAAUAACACACUUUUCCUGCAAGCCACACUAAAGACAAACGACCCAGAACUCACUGUGUUCACAGACACCUGCUUCGCAUCUUCCAAACCAGACUUUACCUCUCCAAAUUAUGACCUUAUCAGGAAUGGGUGCCUAAAAGAUGACACUUUCCAUAACUUUCCUUCUGGGAGUGGGUUUUCUCGGUUCAGCUUUAGUGCCUUUAAGUUUCUUCAAGCGCAACCUUCUGUGUACCUCCAGUGUCGUGUUGUGAUAUGCGACGCAAAUGACUCUGGAUCCCGUUGUAACCAGGGCUGUAUCACUCGAAAACGCAGGGAUCUGGGUUCAAACAUACGGAAAGCACAUGCAGUGGUUGGCCCGAUCCGCCUGAAACGCCAGAGCGGAGCUGAGCCUUUAGGUUCGGUUAGUGAGAAGAAUGAAGAUGGUUCCAAAGCAGAACAGAGCACCUUCUACUUGUUUGGAAUACUUGUACUGGUGGCCAAUGUGCUUAUUGUGGCAUUCGUGGUCCUGAAGUAUUCUAGGAAACAGCCAAGUACUCACGGAUACCUGCCAGUACCGACUAGUUAAGAGUAUUACAGGCGAUUUUCUGUGUACCAAGAAGCACAAACGCUGAUGAAAAAUAAAACCAGAAAGCAUCAA